AUGAGUGGCUCGCGUCGCCCGCCACCCCCAUCAUUCGACUCGUUCCCCGCAGCCGAGGCUCCCAAUGCACCAUCGAGCUCACCCGCAUCCACUCGACGUGCUAGUCCCCCCACAAGGGCCCCAUCGUUCGACUCGUUCCCAGCUCCUCCAGUCCCGACACCGGCCGAUACUUUCCUCAGUGGACUUGAACAACAGUUGGAUCAAUCCAAGCCGAUUGGCGACAAGCCCGGUCACCGACGGUCCAAGCACCAUGAUGGCUCGGAUCCUUCAACGAGCGGGAGCGGGGGCAAACAGAGCACGGACAAGCGCGACGAACGACACUCGAGUGAUCGCAAGCGCAAGCAUGAACGAGGGCAUCAUGAUCGACCUGCCGUCAUCAGAGACUUGUCAAACCCCUCUUCGUCUUCCUCAUCAUCUUCCUCGUCGAGAAAGGCCACGGCGCAAGCGGAUCAGUCGGAGCUCGGUAGUUCCGAUCAGUUCCAAUUGACUGAGCACGAGUAUGGUCACAAGGUACGUCGGAACGAGGAGCAACGCCUCAUCUACGGUUUCAACAGAUCAACUGAAACAUGGGCCUCUCACCGCAGCGACGUAAACCUUACCAGCUCGUCCAGGCGACCGUGGCAGACGAGAACGCAAAGACUGCUCCCAAGGUAUCCUCCUCGGUGUCCGACGACCCGGACAACCCUCCCUACUAUUCGUCGAGGACGGGAGAUGAGCUCAACAUCAAAUACGGCUCUUUAAAUCGAAGCGCUGUCCCCCGUUAUCGACGCUUGGGAGGUGAGCAGAGCUACUCUUUACCCGCUCCAAUCGACCGCGCGAGGCUGACCGGGACAUCUUUGGUCUCAGCGGGUCGAGUCGUUGGACUCAAUGAGGGAUUGAGAAUCACAAGUGAUACGGCUUAUACGGGUAGGGGUGUCGAGAUUGGACCUAUGAGGCGGUUCAGAGUGGGUGUUCACCAAGGCCUUCUCUCGACCACAUCCCUAAACUAACGCGAUUUACGGUCCCUUCUCAGACCCCACGCUACAGUGACUCGCGCUCAGCUCGACAUAUGCUCGAUAAGGACCUCCGCCGCAUAUCGCUCGCAGCCAAGUCUACGCCGGGGGGCCGACCUCGUCGAGAUCCUUUCGCAGAGCGGGAGAACCUUGUCGCGUUCGACAAGGAGCACCCGUUCGAAGAGCUUAUGCAAGGGCUCGAGCACGAGGAAGGAACAGAUUACCGAUCCGUUGCUGGGCAGAUUAAACCCUCGGACCUGUCCACAGCCGCAGCGAGUCAAAAUACGGACGCGGCGGUGGAUGAGAACGAGUUUGAUCAACUCGGUGUCACGGGAGGUGAAUCCGAGUCGCAAUACCUAUCGAGACGCAACAUCGAGUUCGACAGGGCGCUGAGGGAUGAUCCGAAGAAUGUUGAGCUGUGGCUCGAGUUCGUCGAGUGGCAGGAUCAAGUCGCUUUAUCAGCUUCGGGGGAGAACCGAGGGCGGACGAUUUUGAACCGCGUCGAAAGAAGGGGUGCAGCUCAAGUCAAGUUGGUGGUCGUAGAGCGGGCGCUCAAGGCGGAUCCUGCAAACGCCGAAGACGAGAGAUUGGUAUUGAAGCUUUUGCAGUUGGCGGAGGAGGUUGAGGAUACCCCGACGGUGACCAAGAGGUGGAAGAAAGCCUUGGAGGAACAUGCGAAGAUGACUAGCUUGUGGGUUCGAUACGUCGGAUGGAGGCAAACGGAUGGGACGAGUUUCGAGGUUGAGUCCGUCGUUGAAGCUUUUGUCGAAUGCUUCGAGACGUUACAGAGGAUGGCCGAUCUGGCCACGGAAUUUCAAGAGAGUGAGUACAGUUGAGUAACGGUGUAUUAAUGAAUUAACUUGGUGCUGACUCGAUGUUGGGUCUGAUCCGGCAGGGGACAUCUUUGAUGCGAACAUGGUGUAUCUCUUCCUUCGUCUUUGCUUGAUGCUCAGACAAGCUGGUUCGCUUGAUUCCACCUCCUCGCCUCCUCGCCUCCCCACUGACAGUGUGAUUCGUCGCGCCCGCAGGCUACAUUGAACGAGCGCUGGCUUCUUUCCAAGCCAUUGUCGAGCUCAACCUUUUCCGACCUGUCGAAUUCCAGUCGGGGGCGGGAGAUGAAAAUGUGCACGGCUGGCGAUCUCGAACACUGGCCGCUCUCGAUUCAUUCUGGGAUGACGAGUCCCCACGAGUCGGUGAAAAUGGAGCGGUAGGAUGGUGCAACACUGCGGUUGGCGCAGACGCUCCCGAUUCCCAACCCGAUCAACGAAUGUCCCCAUCCACCGAUGAAGACUCGUCUGGUCUCGAUCGCUGGGCCCGCUCGGAACGUCUUGCGAGCAUGGCCAACCUCCGGCCUGCUCGAUUGACGGACGAAAGCGUCGAUGAGGACGAUGUCGCCCGAGUGCCUCUCUUUGACACCGACAUCAAGCCGUUGCUCUUUAUCGUUGACUCGUCCGACGCGAAGCAGCAGCUCAUCUACGCUUUCCUCGCCUUUUUGGGUCUGCCUUUCGUACCCCCCGAUGUCCCGACAUCGACGCCCUUUGCGACUGAUGGCUUCAUUCAUUCGAGGAUGGUCGAGCAGGAGGAUCUCGUGAAGAGUUUCUGGCCCAGCAAACCGGAAACCACUCAAGCGGUGGAGGUCAUCGACGGCGAGGCGAUGGAACCCGAACGCAAGCCUGCACUCGAGAAGCCAUGGCACAUUCCUUUCAACGCGAUGCCUUGCUCUGUCGAGCUUCUCUUUGCCGCGCAGCAAGGAUGGUUCACGGCGAUCAAUGAGCGUGAUCUCGAAGGAGUAGACUCCGAGCUUGCGAGGAAUGCGCUGGCAUUGCUCUCGGGUUUGUCUUCUGCGGAUGAUCCUUUUCUCCACCUCGACGCUUUUGCUUUCGAAGCCUGCCAAUCGCCUAACUCCGCUGGCAAACUCGCGAAAUCGGUUCUUCGAAGGAAGCGACAGACCUUGGUGCUGUGGGACGGGUACGCCAGGAUCGAAAGGGCUCGAGGCAAGGUCUCCGAUGCUCGUCAAGUCUACGUCACGGCUCUUUCUAUGUAUCGCACGUUCCCGAAUCACGAGAGGAUUGAUGGACCACUGUUGUGGAGGUCUUGGGCUGAGAUGGAAUGGGAGGAAGGAGGGGCUGAUCUGGCGCUCAAGGUAUUGGUCGCUGCGACUGCGGCUGGGGACGGGGAGGAUCUUGGUGAGUCAAACGACGCCUCUCACUGAGGGAGUAAGUGGCCUAACUGAAGUGUCAGUUUGUCAGCCACGCUUGCCAAGACAGUCUCCAUCAAGAACACGCCCGCACAGAACUUACGAGCACGACAAUUUUACACGACUGAGCUCGAGGCUUCGUUCCAACCAUCCGCCCCUCAGCGCCUCGUCCGCAAUCGCAACCAUCUGGCUUUUUCGUUCGCCCUCUUCGAUUAUCUGUCCCAUGGCGAUCUCACAUCUUUCACGACUGAGAUAUUCGAGCGACAUCUCUCUCGGCUUGAAAACACGGGAGCCAAGGGAUCAUGCGAGCAUGAGGAGGCGUAUCAGGCCUACGUCAAGCUGUUGUACCGGCAUGCCGAGAAGGGCAAGCGGGGACAUCGACCUGCGCAGCUGAGGGAGGUCUUGGAGCGAGCGAUCGCCGAGUUUCGCAACAAUUCCAUGUUCCUCAGUGUGUACUACCAUAACGAGCGUGAGUAUUUGCACGAUCCUUGUGGUCUGAGAACGUACUAACUCACCUACACAUUCUCCCUAGUCCGCACCAAGAUUCAGAACCGCGUGCGACGGACGAUGGAGGAUCUUGUCCUCACGAAGAAGCCGACGAGCCAAGGCUACCUCUUUGCCAUUUUCGCCGAGUCGCAUCUCGAUUUCCGCUCGACGAACGUGUGGGGUGUGCGCAACCUGUUUGAGCGAGCAGUAGAGGAUCCAAGGUAAGAAUGGCCCAGAUCACCCGAGCGGCUCGGCACUGGCCCUUUGCUCAUUCGGAAGUCAUGGCCAUUUCUUAUAGUACUCGCUCAUGCCCUUCGAUUUGGGCUCUUUACAUCGACUUUGAGCUACGGAAUGAGGAGUUUGCGCGGGUCAAGACGCAACUGUAUCGAGCUAUUGAGGCGUGUCCUUGGUGUCGAGGUCAGUCCAACGAAGGGAAGUGGGCCCAAGUCAUGAUCAGUCUUACCGACUUCACAGUCUUCUGCAGAUCUGUACCUGAUCGCUUUCCGACCCGAUUUGAAGAGCGUCUUCUCCGAUCAGGACCUGCGACAGCAAUGGCAUGAAGCCAUGCUGCGGAGAGGAUUGAGAGGUAUGUUGUGCUCCAGCCUGCGAGAAAUCGUCAACGCGCCGAGCUGACAAUCUAUUCUUCCCCGUGAUAGUGCGCUACGCUCUCCCGCCUCCCCCUGCCCUUGCCGAGUCCGAUUCGGACGAGCACGCAGAGGACGAGUUCUUCCAUAUCCCGUUGCCUUACAUCGAUGCGACUAAACAUCGGCUCAAGAAGGAGGAAGGGGAGAGGACGAUGGACGAUGUGGAAACGAUCUUCCGGGAACGGGAGGCGCUGAAACCUUAUUAA